ACUUAAGUACCGCAGCAGCAGCAUUCCCUCAUUCUGAUGCUGUGUCCCUCAUGUUAUCCCCUAUCACACUCACAUAAGUUUUUGCAUAUAUUCCUGGCUUGGCUUACACUUAGACCAAUCACAGCUUUCAUGAGCAACCGAACUCGAUUUGGAAACAGCGCGGGAACUGCCGGAGACGGGUCGUCCUCUCUACAUCUCGAAGAACCUCCCUCAUAUCAAAUUCAAUAUGGCUGAACCAGAACCGGCUGCUUCGACUGGGACUGAUCCUUUCAAUCAGACAGGCGCCAAGGUCGUCAUAAAGAAUGUCGACAUGACUGAAGACAUGCAGCAAGCCACCGUCGAUAUAUCCAUCGCAGCUCUCGAAAAGUUUGCGAUUGAAAAGGAUAUCGCAUCACAUAUCAAACGCGAGUUCGACACCAAGUACGGGCCAACGUGGCACGUAGUCGUCGGAAAGAACUUUGGGAGUUACGUUACUCAUG